AUGCGUGUUUUUUAUUGGAAUUCUCAAGGCUUGGAUAAGGAUGGUGCAAGAGCCAAGUUGCAGGAGCUUUCUUACUUGCACAAACCUGACGUAAUUUGCAUUGCAGAACCGCAUGUUUUAUGCAGUGUACGUUUUGUUAGGUCUCUUAAUUUGGUUGAUUUUUCUGAAGAUGUUAUUACAAAUGAGGUUGAUGGAGAUAAAGGUAAUAUUUGGAUUUUAUGGAGGAAUACUCUUUUAAGGCCUGAUAUUUUAUCUACUUCAAAGCAAGCAAUUACUGUGAAUUUUGCUGGGGAUUUCAUUACGGAUGUUCAUGCUUCCUAUAAUCCGGUGGUAAGAAAGAGACUUUGGCGUCAAUUAGAUUUAGGUUUUAUAUCUAUUCCUUGGUUGGUGUUGGGAGAUUUCAAUUGCGUUUUACGCCUGGAGGAAAAGAAGGGUGGAAGGCUGAUCAAAGAGGUUUAUAUGAAUGAGUUUCGUAGCUGGAUUUCUGACAAUGGCUUGGUUGAGGCUGAUGCUAUUGGUAAAAAAUAUACUUGGUCUAAUUGUAGAAGUGGAGCUCACAGAAUUGUCUCUAGACAUGAUAGGGAGGUUUUUAAUGAUGCUUGGUGCUAUAAGUAUGCGAACUGGAGAUGCAAGGCCUUGCCUAGGGUUUGUUCAGAUCAUUCCCACCUUUUUGGGUUUGCUUUUGAAAAUCCAAAGCCGACUAUAGUUCCUUUUCGAAUUCAGAAGAUGUGUCUUUCCCAUCCAGGUUUUAUGCAAUUGGUGGAAGAGAGAUGGAGUUUGGAUCUUAAUGGUGCUCCCCCUUUUGUUUUUACUUCUAAGCUGAAGAGACUAAAGGAGGUGUUGAAGAUUUUGAACAAAACUAUUUUUGGAGAUGUACGAUUUCGCCUGAAGCAGGCUGAAUUGAAGCUGGAAACUGAGAAUGAUCUUCUUGAUUAUGAUCCGGCUGAUGAAUUUCAAUUCCUAAGGGUUGCGGAUUCCAAAAAGGAGGUUGAUGAUGUGAGAACGGAGUUGGCCAUUAUGCUUAAGAUGAAGUCAAAAGUAACUUGGUUGGAGGAUGGUGACCAAGAUACUCGUUUAUUUCAUAACAACAUCCGCAUGAGGAGAAGUCAAAAUACCAUAUCAGAGCUUAAGAUUUCAAACGAUACUACUUUGUUUUUGCAGGAUGAGAUAAAGGAUUACGUUUUUCACCAUUAUCAGGCCAAGUUCAAUGGUGGUGACGUUCAUAUUGAUCCAGUUUUAUUUGAUAUUGAGGAUGAGAGCAUUUCAGCUACCGAAAGUGCCUAUAUGGAUGCUAUUCCAUCUUUGGAGGAAGUUAAAAUGACGAUUUUUUUUGGAAGCUGA